GAAAAAUCACCAAUCAAGGACAAUUCAAAGUUUACAACAUUGAACAGAUAUAAAGUAGUAGUACCCUUAUACUAGAGAAGUUGGAGAUACCAUAUACUACUAUAAUUCAUCAUCCAAUCCUUGUUUUUACCAUCCCCCUCCCCCUCCAUUAGUUUUUUUUCGCUCCCCUUGUUUUGUUAUAGCAUCCAUCUAUAGAUAUACAACUGUCAACAGAUAACAGUUAUAUUUCAUCAUAACAAAUAGAUAUACUUCAAUUCAUUUCUUUUCCUUGCUUCCGCAAUUGCAUAGACAUAAUAUCAUCAUCCUCAUCAUAUACAAUGCUCAGAUCACAUAUAUUAAGAAACUCUAGACGUUUAAUAUCAUCAUCUACUAGAAGAUUGGCUGAAGUUGAAGUCACCAUUGAUGGUAAGAAAGUUUCCAUUGAAGCUGGUUCUUCUAUUAUCCAAGCUGCCGAUUUAGCUGGUGUUACAAUCCCUCGUUAUUGUUAUCAUGAAAAAUUGGCUAUUGCCGGUAAUUGUAGAAUGUGUUUAGUUGAUGUGGAAAGAAUGCCAAAAUUAAUUGCUUCAUGUGCUAUGCCUGUUCAAAAUGGUAUGGUUGUUCAUACUGAUUCAGAAAGAAUUAAAAAAGCCAGAGAAGGUGUUACUGAAAUGUUAUUAGAAAAUCAUCCUUUAGAUUGUCCAGUUUGUGAUCAAGGUGGUGAAUGUGAUUUACAAGAACAAUCUCAAAGAUAUGGUUCUGAUCGUGGUAGAUUUAAAGAAUUAGUUGGUAAAAGAGCAGUUGAAAAUAAAGCUAUUGGUCCAUUAGUUAAAACUUCAAUGAAUAGAUGUAUUCAUUGUACAAGAUGUGUUAGAUUCAUGAAUGAUGUUGCUGGUGCUCCAGAAUUUGGUACUUCCGGUAGAGGUAAUGAUAUGCAAAUCGGUACUUAUAUAGAAAGAAAUAUUAAUUCAGAAAUGUCAGGUAAUAUUAUUGAUUUAUGUCCAGUUGGUGCUUUAACUUCAAAACCUUAUGCUUUCAGAGCUAGACCAUGGGAAUUAAAGAGAACUGAAACUAUUGAUGUUUUAGAUGCUGUUGGUUCUAAUAUUAGAGUUGAUGCUAGAGGUAUAGAAGUUAUGAGAGUUUUACCAAGAUUAAAUGAUGAAGUUAACGAAGAAUGGAUUUCUGAUAAAACCAGAUUUGCUUGUGAUGGUUUAAAAACUCAAAGAUUAACUACUCCAUUAAUUAGAAAUGGUGAUAAAUUUGAAAUUGCCACUUGGGAUGAAGCUUUAUCAACCAUUGCUUCUGCUUAUAACAAGAUUCAACCAAAAGAUAAUGAAUUUAAAGCUAUUGCUGGUGCUUUAACUGAUGCGGAAUCGUUAGUGUCAUUAAAAGAUUUAGUUAAUAAAUUAGGUUCCGAAAAUGUUACUACUGAUGUAAAACUAGCCACUGAAGCUCAUGGUGUUGAUGUUAGAUCUAAUUAUAUUUUCAAUUCAACCAUUGAUGGUAUUGAAGAUGCUGAUCAAAUCUUAUUAAUCGGUACUAAUCCAAGACAUGAAGCUGCUGUUUUAAAUACUAGAAUUAGAAAAGUUUGGUUAAGACAAAACUUGGAUAUUUAUUCCGUUGGUCAAGAAUUUGAAUCUACUUUCAAUUUGAAACAUUUAGGUCUUGAUGCUAAAGCUUUACAAACUGCUCUUUCUGGUGAAGUUGGUAAGAAAUUAGCUGGCGCCGCUAAACCAUUAAUUAUUGUUGGUUCUGGUAUUGCUGAUUCUGCUGAUGCUCAAGCUAUUUAUAAAUUAGUUGGUGAAUUCGCUGCUAAGAAUGCUAAUUUCAAUGCUGAAGAAUGGAAUGGAGUUAAUUUAUUACAUAGAGAAGCUUCCAGAGUUGCUGCUUUAGAUAUUGGUUUCCAAACCUUAUCAUCUGAAGUUGCUAAUACCAAAGCUAAAUUCAUUUAUUUAUUAGGAGCUGAUGAAAUUCAUAAUAAAGAUAUUCCAAAAGAUGCAUUUGUUGUUUAUCAAGGUCAUCAUGGUGAUUUAGGUGCUUCAUUUGCUGAUGUUAUAUUACCAGGUUCAGCAUAUACUGAAAAAUCAGGUACUUAUGUUAAUACUGAAGGUAGAACUCAAGUAACUCGUGCUGCUACCAAUGCACCAGGUUCAGCUCGUGAAGAUUGGAAAAUCAUUAGAGCUUUAUCAGAAUAUUUAAAUACCACUUUACCAUAUGAUGAUAUUGUUGCUGUCAGACAAAGAUUAGGAGAAAUUGCUCCUCAUUUCGUAAGACAUGAAGUUAUAGAAACUGUUUCAAGUGAUAUAGUUAAAGUUGGAUUAUCAGGAUUAUCAGCCUUUAAUAAAUCAAGUAAGAUUUCGGGAACUCCAUUAAAGAAUCCAAUUGAUAACUUUUAUUUCACUGAUGUUAUUUCAAGAUCUUCUCCAACCAUGGCUAAAUGUAUAGGAUCAUUUGGGGCUAAAAUAGAUAAAAUAACUGACGCUAAACCACAAAUAGAUUUUUAGAUAGCCCUAAACUAAACAGACUAAACUAGAAAAAGUCACAAAAAUAUAACCCAAUUUGCAUACAAUAUCAUUGUCAUCAUCAUCAUCAUCAUUAUUAUCAUUUAUCAUGUUUUUUUAUAUUUGUUUCCUUAUAUUUUAUGAUAAUUUGUCAUAUGAAAUAUAAGUGAAACAGUCAUAUAUAUUCUCCAUUUUCAUUCUUAUUCUUCUUAUUCUUCUUUUAAUUUUACAUAGUUAUAUACAAUCAAAUAAAAGUAUAAAAAAAGUUAUAAUCAAAUAUCAGCUGUAGUUAUCUAUCUAUCUAUCUAUUCCAACGUCUCUUCUCCCCGCGGAUUGACAAAAUUUCGGUAAUUUCCAUCAUCACUUUAUAUACAGGAAAAUGACAGAGAAGAUGAUAAUUUUGCGACUUAAAAUUAAUUAUAUAAACACAGUUAAUAUAUGCAAAAUAGUUCGAUAAGUA